CGACAAACGAAGAAGAGCAGCACAGUGAUAGCCGGAGGAGUUAGGACCAGUGCUGCACCAUGUCCGAUGAAGGGGUCAUAGAUUGUGCGCAUGAAUUUCCAGCCCAUUACAAAGUCAUGCUUGACAAGUUAAAUGAGCAGCGGCAGCUGGAUCAAUUCACAGAUAUCACUCUCAUUGUGGAUGGCCACCAGUUCAGAGCCCAUAAAGCGGUACUGGCAGCAUGCAGUCAGUUCUUCCACAAAUUCUUUCAAGACUUCACACAAGAGCCAUUAGUGGAGAUUGAAGGAGUUAGCAAUUCUGCCUUCCGCCACCUGAUGGAGUUCACCUACACGGCCAUGUUAGCAGUAAACGGCGAAGAAGAAGUCAACGACGUCUGGAGAGCCGCAGAGUAUCUUCAGAUGCAAGAGGCCAUCAAAGCUCUGAACAACAGAGUAAAUGGUACCACCUCAUUUGGCACGACUCAGGCUUUGGCUAGCAAGAACAAUGCCAAGAAGCGGAAGAUUGCAGAGACCUCCAACGUAAUUACUGAGACACUCCCUUCAGUGGAGACAGAGACAGUGGAGAUUGAGUUAGAAGUAGGGGGCGGAACGAUUGAAGUCGAGGAAGGGGGAAUUGAAGAGGUUGUGGAUGCUGCUAGAGGUGCCGCCCAAACCACUUCGGACGACUCGGCUUUGGCCCUCUUGGCAGACAUCACCAGCAAGUACCAGCAGGGUGAACAGACGGUCCACGUGGUGAAGAAGGUGGGAGACGACGAGGAAGUGCUCCUGCAGGAGGAGGCGGUUACGGCCUCCAAGGCUCUAGAGGGGAUCGAGGUUGUGGAGGUGCAGAUCUCGCAGCUGGACAACAUGUUCCGCUGUGACAAGUGCGACCGUUGCUUCAAACUGUUCUACCACCUCAAGCAGCACAUGAAAUCGCAUGCUAAGCUGCCAAUGGCGGGUUCUGAAAAGCCCUUCGUCUGCAGACACUGUGGAAAGACUUACGCUCGUGAGGGGGCCUUGAAGCAGCACCUCAACAGUUACCACUAUGAUGCCGAGGAGCAGUCGCGCCCACAGAAGAAGAAAGUGCACGUGUGUGCGUACUGUGAGAAGAGGUUUGACCAUUUCGGACACUUCAAAGAACACUUAAGGAAACACACAGGUGAGAAACCUUUUGAGUGUCCAGACUGCCAUGAACGGUUUGCCAGAAACAGUACUCUAAAAUGUCACAUGGCGGCUUGCCAAAACGGCUGUGGAGCAAAGAAAGGGAGAAAGAAGCUCUAUGAGUGUCAGGUAUGCAACAUGGUGUUCAACAGCUGGGAUCAGUUUAAGGACCAUCUUGUGAUCCACACUGGUGAAAAGCCCAACCACUGUACCAUAUGUGACCAGUGGUUCACUCAGCCACGUGAUCUACGCUCCCACCUUCAAGACCACCAUGGCCUGCAAGACAAGGUGGUGGUGUCGACGACCACCACGACGACAGAGGAGGUGGUGCUCGCCGACCCCGCCGAAGAAGUUCUUCUGGAAGAUGGCAUGCGGGUGGAGCACGUUACGGUCGAGCCCGUGGAUGUCGUCGCCGUUGAGGAGGCUCUGGUGGUGGAGGACGAAGCUCAGUUACAGGGAGCAUCCACGGGAGAGGUGGUGGAGGAGGCGGAGGUGUGCAAGGAGGACGUGGAGGCACCCAAAGAGCAAACUGUGGAAAUUCUAUUAGAAAACAUGGGUGGAGAAGUAUCUGUGGACCAGGCGCAACAGGAAGAGAAAGCAGAAGAAGAGGCACAAGCUGGAGUUGUAUGA